AUGAGACACGGGAACGGGGAAGUGGUGCGUGCUCCGUGCCCGUUGGCGUUGUACCUGGCCCCGUCCCCAGGCAUCAAUCCUCCAUGCUUGGUGCUCGGCUGGCUUGGGGCCCAGGAUCCCCCCCUCCGCACCAGCCAAGGCAGGUCCUCAGGCCUGGGGAGUUUGAGCAGCCAGGAGGUGAAGGCCAUAAGCCAGGGGUACUAUGGCUACGGCUGGGAGGCCCCACAGCAUUGCUUGCAGGUGGACUGGGCGUCGAGACCGGUGGCCGAUCGCCCCAUCCUGGACACGCCUGGGAACGCCAAAUACCUCCGCCCGGCAGGCCCCUUGCAUCCUGUGGAGUCCAUGUACCAAGACAAGGUGCCGCGCAUUGCUGGUACACAGUACCGGCAGAGGGGGACCCUUCGGCGGUUGGGCACUCAAGUCGCAACAGCCGGCAGGGGAUUUGCUCGAAAUUUUUGGGUCAUCGUUGCGUUUGUUGCCGUUGCCGCUGGGGCUUUCGGGUUUGAAGGCCAGAGGAGAUGCUCUGCAGCCAGGCGGCACUCGACGAGGAGAGAAGCCUACCAGGACUACAGCUCCUCUGAUGACGAUGAACCUGCACAGGUGGAUCGACGUGGCUUCACAGCUGCGUCGUUCAUGGGCUAG